UCAACUGCAGUGAAAGAUGUCAACUACGAGCUCUGAAUAAGGGUUAGCUUGAAGUUGAAACUCUACAGUACAAUAUUUAUAGCUUGAUGUUUUUAAUGGUAGCCUGAAUCAAAAAGUCAAGAGGACAAAAUCUUCAAACAACCAAAGAAGACAUUAAAACUUAUGGUACAUCCUAGAUUUUAUAACAGGAUUCAUUGUAUCUGGUAAUUUUGUCUUCAGUCAUUUCAAAAAUGGAUGAUGAGUUAUUGAACACAGUACAAAAUGGAUCUCAAGAGGAUAUUGUGAAAGUGUUAACUGAGUUUAACAGAAAAAAUGCCAAGACAUUUUGUUUCCCAGAAUUGAAUCUGAAUAAGAAGAAGAGGCUGAUUGAUGGUAUCUAUCGCCAUCUGAAGGACCGGUCUGCCACUGAAUGUCACAGAGUUUGCCUAGAAAGUAUUCGCAUUUUGAGCCGAGACAAGAAGAAUCUCGAUGAAUUGUUUAAUGAAGAUAUUGUGGAUACCAUGGUUUAUCUGGCUGGCUUGCUAGGCUGUCCAGAAAAUCAAAGUGUACAUCAAUCUGACCUUAAAGUUAUCAAUGAGGCCCAAAAAAGUUUGUGCAAUCUAAUUUUCAACAGUACCGUAGUCCAAAGAAUUUGUUGCAACAAUAAAUGUUUGGAUGGAAUCAUGAUGAGAUUAAAGACAUUUAAAGAUUCCAACUUACCCCAUGAAAUAAAGUUCUUUGACAUGCGGAUGCUCUUUCUACUAACUGCAUUGUGUGCAGAUGUUAGACCAAAACUUAGAUCUGAACAUCAUGGGUUAAUUUACCUCAUGGAAAUAGUGGAUUUGAUUAUGAAGAGUAACGCGGAGAGGAACCAGAACUAUUAUCGAGGUCGUAAAAGAUUUAGUAAAAGUAGCAGAAGAGGUCGCAGCCAAACUCGAGAUAGUGAUGGCUUUCUCAUUCCGUGUCUGGAUGACGAUGAAGUUGAUUUAGCCUGUGAGGUUCUGAAGGUGUUGUUCAACCUCACUGUCAGUGUAGACAGGUUAAAUUUAGAGGAGGAAGACGAAGCUCAUUUCAUGAGACUAGUCAGUAUUCUUCAUGACAUUUUGCUUUGUGAAACUAAGUCAGUUGAGAAACGGGAAGAGUUACAAAGUCAUACUGUGAACCUCCUUACAAAUAUGCCUCAUUCAAGUUAUGAAGAACUCCUCACCCCACUGACAGAUAUCCCUGGUGUAAAAAGUGAGAAAGAGCUGGAAUAUGAAGGAAUGAAUAUGGAAGCUGUAGCUAUUUUACUGAGUUUUCUGGAAAAACGUUUAGAACAGAAAUCAAUGAAUAGUCAGAAAGAAUUGCUGUCUCCAAUUUUAUCUUGUCUAGGAGAGUGUGCUCGAUCUAAUCGCAUUAUAAGAAAAUGGUUAAAAGGAAAGAUUCUUCCACCUUUAAAAGAUGUAAUGAAAAAACCUGAAGAAGGGGAGUCUUUAAGAAGUUGGUACGUUCAGUGUGUUUUUGAACCUGUUUAGUGUAGCUUAUCUACCAUGUUGAA